CGCGGGGCGGCGGGGCCGGGGCGGGCUGCGGGCUCCUCACACCCACCCCGGGCUGCCCAGAGCGCCGUGGGAGCGCCGGGAGUCUCCCUCGGUAGCCCCGGAGCGGCGGGGCGCGGCCCGGCCGCGCUCAGCCGGGGUGUAUCGGUGUCUGGGCCUAGGGCGGGCUGUGCUCGGAGCUCCGCGGGGCUUUGGGCCGCUCGUUCCCCUCGCUGCCGGGGAGGGCAUGCCCGGCACCGGCCGGCGGGGCGAGCUGCCCUGGGCAUGCGAGAUUCAAGGGCGGGGGUGCUGCGCGGUGAGAGUUGUGUACGCGCUGGGUGUAGAAAACGUGCUCAGAAUGGUUCCUGCCUCCUGUGUGUGACUGAGUUCUGCCGGCAGGGCCGAGCUCGGCCCCUCAGGAGCUUCUGAUCAGGGAAUUUUGGGGCUACUGCUGGAAAGCACUUUGGAGGCUGGGGGCAGCUGUGAUGCACAUCUGUUUGACAAAGGAGGCAGCAGCUUUUCCUAGGCACUUCACAAAACUAACUGGAUUGAAAAAGAAGAAAAAUGAAAGGCAAAGCCCAUUCAGGUGAUUUUCAAGUCCAGGAUGUUGUCAAGAAGAAGAAAAAGAAGAAGAGGAAACCAAAUGAGUCCAACAACAACCACGAAAAUGCUGAAACUGUGGAAGAUGCAGAGCCUGGCCACGCUUCCCCAGUGCUCUUUGAAGAUCCAGCAGCACAGGGCAGGGAAAAGAAGAAGAAACUGAAAAGAAAGGCUGAGAAGCAUCAGGCUCUGCUGGAUAAUUACUUUGUGAAGGUGGAACGGGGGGUCAGCAAUGGGACUGCAGCAGCUGCUUCCCCGAGGAAGAAGAAGAGGAGGAAGGGAGAGGACAGCAGCCACGAGCUCAGCUGUGUCCCUGUGAGCCAGGAGGGUGCUGCUGGCUGUGGGUACUCCAAAACACACAAGAAGAAAAGGAAAGAGAAGCAGCAGCCUGAAGAGGAUGAGGUGUGCGAGCUGCCUCCCCCUGAGGAACACAAGGGCCACAAAGAGAAAGCCAAAAAGAAGAGGAAGAAGAGGAGGGAGGGCCGUGGCCAGGAGGACUCAGCUGAGCCACUGCUGCCACCCUCAGAGCAGGACGGGGGCUGGAUUUCACCUGCAGCUGAGGAUGGAGCCUGUGAUGCUGCCUCUGGCACCUCUGAGGUGUCCUUGGAGCUCCCUGCUGCCUUUUCCACACCCAGUAAAGCAGCUGGGAGAGCUGCAAAGGCCCCCAAGAGCAGCGCUUACGUCGUGGAAGAAAGCUCCUCAGACUCUGAUGUGAUGACACCAAAAGCCUUGGGAUCACGUGAAGAGCAGCAGAACAAUUCCUUUGCUGAAUUGGCAGCCUCUGAUGAGGUCAGUGUGGAUGGUGACUUCAAUUCUUCUGCCAUGACUUCAAUUGUGGAUUUGGAUACUGCAAGACAACAACUGGAAGAGUUUAUUCCUCAUGUGAAGAAUAUAUCAGACAGUUCAAUCAAGAAAAUGGCUGGGAGAGACCUCAUGAGGUUUAAGGAGUUUAAAAAGCAGGGUAUGGCUGUCAAGUUUGGCAGAUUUACCCAGAAGGAAAAUAAACAAAUCCGGAAAAACGUUGAAGAGUUCUUAGCACUUACUGGAAUAGACUGUGCUGAAAAACUUUUGUUUACCUCGAGGUAUCCAGAAGAUAAACACACCAUCCAGCGCCUGAAAACAGAGCAUCAUUUUUGUGAAAAAAUCUCUGAGGGCAUACCCCGGCCCUGGAGGCUGAUAUAUUAUCGAGCAAGGAAGAUGUUUGACCCAAAUAAUUAUAAAGGAAGGUAUACUGCAGAAGAAAAAGAGAAAUUAAAGAAGUACCAAGCUCUGCAUGGCAAUGAUUGGAAGAAGAUUUCUGAGUUGAUGUCUCGUUCUAACCUCUCAGUUGCUAUGAAAUUCUCUGAAAUCAAGUCAGCUAUUAACUAUGGUCCUUGGACAGAGGAAGAGACCCGGAAGUUAAUGAGUGCAGUGAAAGAUGUGAUGUGGAGAAAGCUGAGAACAGAAAACCCAAGUUCUCUUUCCUCCCUGGAAGAGUCAAGCACAGAUCUCUGGAUUGACCGUGAGCAGCUGCACCAGCCCCUGCCCUGGACUGAGAUUGAAACCAAAGUGGGAAGUCGAUACUGGAGACAGUGCAAACAGAAAUGGAAUUCAAUUUUAACAAACAAAUUGACCAGAGCGCCGAGGUUGCACAGAGGGACCAAUGGAUUACGGACCAAGAUCACUCUUAUUAAAAGGUUGUAUGAAACAAAAGCAGAGGAUGCCAGUGAAGUAAACUGGGAUGAACUCAGUAAUGCUAUGGGAGAUGUUCCUAGAGUCUAUGUUCAAUCCAAGUUUUAUAGGCUAAAAGUGUCCUUUGUCCCUUUAUGGAAAAGAAGGACUUUUUCUGAAAUCAUUGAUUAUCUGUAUGAAAAUGCACUCCCAGAACUUGAAGGAAAGUUAAGGGAAGAAGAGGGGAAACACAGUACUUCGGUCACUUCAACAGCCAGGCAGCAGCAGAAGGCUUUCAGAUUCAGUGACAUUUUUGACUCCAAUGAUGAGAUACUCAAUGACAUUUUUGACUCCAGUGACGAGAGUGAUUAAUGGAUUGUCCUAAAGGCAGUGCCUAAUUUGCAUAUCUAACUGCAAAUGGGUCUGGUUGAAAGUGGGUGCAGCUCAGCACCUGCAGGUACCCAGGCUGCUGACAGGGGAAGAGGCAGGAGAGCACCUCUGACUGCCUCGUUUCAGCCUGAAGAUUGAGUUAAACAGAGCUUUUGUGCCACAUUUUAUUUAAUUCAGCUGUGGUUUUACAAGUUUUCAUGUAAGCACACAAGUUGCUUUCUAAAUGUCUUAAACUACUUUUUUUGUGGAGUUCAGAGCUGCUGUUUUCCCUUUAUGAAUGAACUUGGUUUUCAGAAUUUUAUUGUUUUUAAAUUCAUGGCACUGAAAAAAGGUUUCAAUUGCUUUUAAAACUGUAAUAAUCAAGUCUUAAGACGUGCUGUUUUCAUCACCACAGCUAACUUUUGAGUUUUUUUUUUAACAGGUAUCUUAAAAGCAACUGAUUUUAUUUUUGAUGCAGCCUUAUACUUUUCUCAACCCUUAUAGAAAAAAAACUUUUGUCUGUUACUGUUCAUCAUUGCAUGCUAACCAAAACAAAUAAUAUAAAAUGUUGUAUUUAAUAUUUGGAAUACAGAGACAAAACUGUAUAUAUAUACAUAUGCAUACAUAUAUAUUUUUAUUUUGCCAAGGAGAAUUUCUACAUUUUAAUAAGUAAUAAGAUGGAGGUUGUACUUGUGUUUUGUAUGAUAAUUUUAACUCUCUGCCUGCAGUGAUUAUUUGUAAAUUGACUGAAUUAAUGUAAAAAGCCCCAAAGGUAUCUUAUUGUGUAAAUUCUUUAUGAGGCUUGUUUAUAUUUCCUAUAUGCUGUACUAGACAGUGAAGCAAGAAGACUCAAUCCCUGCUUUUUCAGGGUCAUUUUGAUAAGUGACAAUUUCCCUCUUCAAUUCUAAUAAUCAUCAGUGAAAACCCAGAACUUUCAAUGGCUUGAAAUAAAGGCCUUGUUGGAGGGUCUGGAAGGUGACUUACAGCAAGGGAUUUUAAAGAAAAAUUUGCCAUAUUUAAUUGUGUCUGGCUUUAGUCUCUCUGAAGAGAGAAAGCACUGGGAUUUUUGUGAGACAGGAACAAUUGCCACUGCUUUGAGGGAAAAGUUUUCCAGCUAAGAGAUGAAAUGGGAUGGGGGAAGGAAAACACACACCACUUCCACUUUGGUCUUUGUGUGUUGCUUUAUGGGUUUGAAGAUUAAAAACUGAAAAACUUGACUUUCUGAACCUAAAAAGUUUGUAUUUUUCAAAGUUUUUCUUUUUUUCCUGGAAAAUGGAGAUGCUCUGUACUGUGUGCAGGCAAGAGCACAAACAAUGCCUGGUUUUUGAGUUUGUAAAGUAAAUCUUGCAGAAAUAAACUUUGUCUCCAUGCUGA